GCCGCUGUUGAUGCAGCAGAUGUUGGUGCAGCAGAUGAUGAUGCCUCAGAUGAUGAUGCCUCAGAUGAUGAUGCAGCGGGUGGAGCUAUGGAAGAGAAAACGGUGAUGAAUGUACCGAUUGUACUUCAGAUACCUCUGAGGACGCUGUUGCAGGGUAUACCGAAAAAUCCAAAACCCAAAGGAUAUGGAAUCAUUCUCCGAUGGAAAGAUUCUUAG